UGCUAUCAUAAUCACCAUCAUCACUUGAACAUUGCAGAAUGAAGAGAAGGUUUUGUUGUUUUAUUAUAGCUCUGCAAAUAGUGAGCUGGGCUUCUGCAACAAGCAGGCCUUUUCCACCAAAUGAUAGUCUUGGUGCUCCUCAAUCAGGGCCAGACCAGGGCUCUGAUUCUUCAAAUGUUUCCUUGGACAAAGAAGAGGGUCUCAAAAGCAUGAAAGGAGAGGAAAAUACGAGCAAAGAAGCAAUGUACAAAACAAGCAAUAUAGGGUCAGCUCCACCAAGCUGUGAGCACAAGUGUUAUGGGUGCAUUCCAUGUGAAGCCAUUCAAGUACCCACCACCUUUAGACACAGCCAUGUGGGUAUCCAAUAUGCAAACUAUGAGCCUGAGGGUUGGAAAUGCAAAUGUGGUCCUUUCUUAUACAGUCCAUAAAGGCUUGAAGAAUACCAUUAGACAUUUGACUACAACAGCUCUCAUUUCUCUGCAUGUACUAAAUAUGUUUUCUCAUUGUACAAAAGCCAAAUUCAAAUUGGCUCCCAAAAAAAAAUUUGUUCGGAUUAUGUUCAUGAUUGAAGUAGGAAAAGAGAAAGUUUUGACCAAGGAAAUGCCUUUUGCUAUAUAUUAUUGUGAACCGGAAUAGUUGGAUAACCCUUUUAUUUGGAAUGCGAAUUUUUAAGUAAUUACAAGUCAUGGUAGAGGUCAA